AUGUUUACCAACUUCUGGUGGAGCGAAGAAGAAAAGUCUAAUAAGAUUAAAUGGCUCAGCUGGGAUACCUUAUGCAAAUCUAAAGCUGAGGGGGGUAUUGGCUUCAAGGAUGUGGAGGCUUUUAACCUUGUUUUUCUCGCUAAGACAACAUGGCGGAUGGAAACGGGAGAUGACUCUUUACUGGUAAAUUCCUUCAAGCAGAAAUACUUUAAGGGUUAUGCUUUUGUGGAUGCGCCUUAUAAAUCCAAUGCCUCAUGGGCAUGGAAAAGUAUUUUCUCAACUAAGGAGGUCAUCAAAAGAGGAAUCUUAUGGCGGAUUGGCGACGGCUCUUCGAUUGAUUGCUGGUAUGAUAAUUGGCUUCUAGAUUCUCUUGAUUUCAAAGUGGCAUCAAAGCCAAACUCUGCUCAUUUUUCCUUAGUAUCGGAUCUUAUUAUUCCUUCUAUUCACUGUUGGAAUACUAAUUUGAGUGCUUAUAGAGUGGCUUUUUCCAUUCUCCAUCCUCCUGCUCAAUCUCUUCCUAGGGAAGGGUGUAGUUUUGCGGUAUCCAGUGGCGAUAUGUGGAAGGGGGUGUGGCGUCUUCGGGCUCAUAAGAAAAUUCAGAUCAAUAUUUGGUUGAGCCUUCAUGAACGGAUCCCGGUGAACAAUCAACUUUUUAAGCGCGGGGCGUCUCAAUUCUCUGGUUGUGUUUUUUAUGGGUAA